AUGAGAAGGAAUUUUUUUUUUGUAAAAAAUUAUUCGAAAUGUAAGAAAGAAGGGAAUCUUAAAAUGAGGAGGAAAUGUUAUAUACACAAUUUAGCAGAAUUUAUAAACAUCAAAAAAGUGGAUAAGGAAAAGAAACAAUACUUCAUGUCAUAUAAUAAUAAUGGAAUUAAUAAAAUCGAAAGUCAAAUGCAAAGACGUGUUAACAUUCCACACGUUGAUUUUGAGAAAAAGAAUGAUGGUGAUAAUGAUGAGACCUUGUACAGUAACAUUAACAUGGCAUCGUAUCACAAUGAAAUGAUACAACCGUGUGAUGAAAUAAAAUUUGGACGUAUGAAAAGUUUCAAAUUGUUAGGUUUAUGUUUAAUCAUGUCCCUAUUUUUUUAUUGCACACUUAAAAAAGUACCUGAAGGGUAUAUCUGUUUGGUACAGAAUAAAAAGGAUUAUACUGUGUUGCCUUAUAUUUAUGACGAUCUGAUGACAUUUUUUUAUAAUCCCUUAAAAUAUAAAGUAAUCAUAAUGAGAGUUACUCCAAUUCAGAAGAAGUUUACACGUAUAUAUGAAACAUUGGAUAAAAAACAAGUUAGAGUAAAAUUACAAGUUAAAAUGAAACCUAAAAUUCCUUUUAUUAUUGAAAUUUUUAGCUCCUUCGGGGACAAUUAUAGCACGAAUUAUAUUGAAAGAGAGAUGAAUUUAGAUAUUAUGAAUGUUGUGAAAAAUUAUAACUUAGCUACAUUAACUCAGUCAAGUAAAGAAUUAAAUAAAACAACUCAUGACACAGUAGAUGAUGCAGUUGAUCAAAUAAUGGAUAGAUUUUAUGAUUGUUCAAUUUUUCAUAAAAUAAUUCUCUUGGAUGUGUCUAUCCUUUUUGAACGGGCCGAAUAG